AUGUCGCGGCGUCAUGUGCGCUUCAAUGUCAAUGAGCUCGCUCGCUGUGUGGCAGAAGCUGUUGGUGCGAAGGCAUGCAUGAAUAUUUCAAAAUACCUGGACGGCAUGUACAACAAGAGCAUGUUGUUGACUAUGAAUGACGGCUCCCGAGUGGUAGCUAAAGUUCCGAACCCAAAUGCCGGGCUACCUCAUUUGGCUACGGCAAGCGAAGUUGCGACGAUGGCUUUUGCCCGGAAAGUUCUUGAAAUCCCUGUACCCAGGGUUUUGGCUUGGUGUUCCCGGGCUCACGAGAAUACUGUUGGCGCAGAAUAUAUCAUCAUGGAAGAGGUCCCAGGAAUUGAACUAGAACAGGUUUGGCCGAAAAUGAGCAUAGAAGACAGGUUUGCUGUUGUCAAAUCCAUCGUUGGUUUCCAAAAGGCCUGGACGUCGGUCUCCUUCACGAACUACGGAAGUCUGUAUUUCUCGAGAGAUUUGGAAGGCGCGCCUAGCAGCCAGCCACUCUACAUCGACGAAAACGGCAAUUACAUCACAAAUGAGGAAUUCGCUGUUGGGCCCUCGACAGCACGCGAGACCUUCGAUAGCGGAAGAGGAGGCAUUGACUUUGACAGAGGACCUUGGGGCUCUUUAGAAGCGUAUCACCGCGCGAUUGGACAUCGUGAAAUGGCGUGCGUUCGCCAACUCUCCGAAUUACCCAAAUCUCCGGUAACCCUGUGCGGUCCAGGAACCUAUCAACCAACAAAAGCAAAGAAGCUCAAAGCUUUACACUACUACCUCGACAUGUUGAAGUACCUGCUCCCUGAAGAUCAGAAGAUCUCGACAGCUCAUCUCUGGCACGAUGACUUACACGUUGCUAAUAUCUUCGUCGACCCCGCGGAGCCCACCAAAGUUGUGAGCCUUAUAGACUGGCAGUCGACAGAGAUAUCUCCACUCUACUUCCAUGCCCGGCAACCCCACUUCAUUGACUACGUUGGCCCACCCAUCAACGGUCUGGAGCGACCACAGCCUCGGAAGGACUUGGACGAACUUGCACCGUCAGAGAAAGAGGCCGCUAAUGCUUUAUAUCUGCAGCAGUCGCUCUGUUCACUCUACAAUACCAUCACCCAUCGCCAAAAUCCCCGCCUCUACGCUGCGCUCCAGUUCCAGAAUACACAAAAGUACUUGCUUCUGGUGUUAGCACGUAAUCUCCUCAUCGAUGGCGAGGCAUCCUAUCUUUCACAGAUAGCCGAGCUCGAGUCGACUUGGAGCGAGUUUACCGGCAACGAGGGUUCCACUUAUCCAUUUGCAUUUUCCGAAAAGGAACGAAAAGAGCUCGAGGCCGACGUUGAAGGCGUGGUACGAGGUAUGGAAGCGAUGCGUUCUAUAAGAGAGAGUUUGGGAGAGUUGUUUCCUGAACAGGGCAUAGUGAAGUCAGACAAUUACGAAGAAGCUCUGGAUGCAUUGUCGCAGAUGAAAGAUCAGGUCAUUGGUGAAUUUGCUACCAACGCAUCUGAAAGAGAAGCGUGGGAGAAGGCAUGGCCUUUUGGAGCUUAA